CGUCUCUACAAGCAGAGGACAUCGAUCGAUUCCGGGUUUGUGGCACUUCUAACAGCAGCGGAGCAGCCUGUCUGGCGUUUACAGAGCUACUUUGGCAAUGUGGAGAGAAUGUUUGCCAGUCAGGGUAUUCAACCUGUAAGAGUUGUUUUUAACAACGCUAAAAAUUGCUUUCUUCACCUUCCGUCGAAGUUGAUAUCAAACCUUUCCUUACAAGAGAACCAGGCUUUGGAGCUGUCCUGGGGCAAUGGAUCUCCAGUGUUUCUCAGCUGGACUCGAUACAGGGCUUCCUGCGGCCCAGAUGACCACAACGUGGAGCUGUGUCGGCAACUUGGAGAGAAGCUGGGCUUGAAGGACGGAGAACAAGGUUUUCUUAGGCCGUGCCAUCAAGUCUCAUCUUUAAAUCAGGUGUUUGUGGAACCUUUGUCGUCUGAUGACUGGGAGAUCUUGGAGCUUCACAGUUCUGUGUUGGAGCAGCAGCUUCUGGAUCAAAUCAGAGUGGUUUUCCAGCCUGCCGUCUUUCCUGUGUGGGUGGACAAUCAUACAGUAAUCUACAUUAGAAUAGCUUCCGUCUCUCCAUUUGCACCGUAUGGUCGUUUGGAGCAGUUCACUGAGCUCGUGGUGUCUCCAAAGAUCCGCCCUGGAAUCGGCGACCUUAGUGAUGCUAUUGCGAGAUCCCGCCUUGAUCAACGAUUUCACUCCCAGCCAGACAUGGGUCUGUCUCCCCCCUCAGAGCCAUCAUCGGAUAAUGCCUCCUGCACUGCUCGCAGCCAACAGUGGGGUGGCAUCACUGGCCUGCUCCGUCAUAUUAUAAGGGGCCCUCACAAUCCAGUUAAAGAGCAGCCUCCUGUACCCGGCAUCCCUGUCAUCUUUCCCGACUCUAUCUACAGAGUGUGUGGUGCACCUCCGGACUCCUUUUGUACCAUGAGUCACAUUGCUGAUGGUGUUAUUCACAUUUUUUCUUGGAGCCCUAGUCUGAACACAACAGUAAGAGGAAGUCAGUCUGUAGUGACGUAUGGCCGUCUUUUCAAGGUAUUGUCCCCUAAAGAAGCGAAAGACAAAGCAAAGCAGGCCAUGGAGAAAAUGAAGAAUGUAGGACUGGACAAAGAUAAAGGUGUGAAAGGAGGAGAGGAGGCGAAGGAGGAGAAAGCCACUGUAGUUAGGGUUGUGUGCCACGAUGCUGAGAUGCUGGAGAGGGGUCAUAACAAGGGGGAGAUCCAUAGUGGAAAAGUAUGGAUACCACAGUCCCUGGCCAGCAAGUUGAACAUCCAGCCACAUUCAUCAGUGAGAAUUAAACCCGUGAAAUCAGUCAUCAAAGUGGCCUUUAACAUCCACCUACAGCCUCUAGUACCUCUGCCUGAGGAGGACGAUGAAGAGAUCCAGACGGCUUUCCUCGGUUGGCUGCACACAAAGAGUCAUGAACCCUUGGCGUGUCUGACUCCUCGCUCUAGCACUAUCAUCCUACAUGGAAGUGAUGCAAAGCUUGAGUUAUCUUUGACGGUGCUGAAACCAGAACCAGAGAACGAUCCUCCAGACCAGCUGUUUCUGCUAGCACCCACCGUUCUCCAGAAGGAAGACAUACAGGUGGACAGACAGACAAUAGCACAGUCUGCUUUAAAAGCUGAAACUAAAGCAUAUGAGACAGAGCUCUCCUCCCUACAAAUACUUGGUGGCAUUGAUGAUCUUAUUAAGAGUGGAUUUGAGUUUAUUUCCCAUAACCUGCUGGGUAGCCCACUCUCAAGGGAACUUUGUACCUCUGGGGAGGGACUCAAGGGAGGGGCACUGCUCAUCACCGGCGCUAAGGGGAGUGGGAAGAGCUCUUUAGCCCGAGCCCUUUGCAGAAAAGCCAGAGAGGCUUUGGACGCACACGUGGAGGUGUUGGACUGCAAAAAGCUCCAAGGCAAAAGGGCAGACACUGUGAGGCAGAUUCUACAGGACAUAUUUGAACAGGCAGAGUGGAGACAACCCUCUGUGGUCCUGCUCGACGACCUGGAUCAUUUGACUCAUGCACCCACCUCACCUGAACACGAGCACGGGCCUGAGGCGCUCCUGCAGCAGCAUAUUGCACAAAGUCUGUAUGAUAUGGUCGAUGAGGCUGUGCUGCACUCCGGCCUGGUGUGUCUGGUCAUCACCAGCCAGAGCGAGUACUCUCUCCACCCUUCUCUCACAGAGGUCCAGGGGUCCCACCUCAUCCAGGGAUUUGUAAACAUUCAGCCACCAGACCAGGCCCAGAGAGCUGAAAUCCUGCACCACUUGAUCCUGAGGAAGACCUUUCUGUCUGAGGAGACCUUGAAAGAUCUUGACCUGGAGGCGGUUGCCAAGAAGACAGAGGGAUACACAGCCCAGGAUCUCAGUGUGCUGUUGGAGCGUGCCAUCCAUGCUAACACAAUGCAGAGAGGACACAGUGAUCAAGGUGUCUGUCUCUUAUGGAGAGAUUUUGUUCAUGCUUUCCGUGGGUUCACGCCUCCAUCACUGUGGGGUGCAGACCUUCACACACCGAGUGGAGUUGGACUAGAAAGAGUGGGAGGGCUGCGAGAAGUGCGACAGCAACUGAUGGACACCAUCCUACUCCCUGCUAAGUAUCCAAUCCUCUUCUCUAAUCUCCCUAUCCGGCAUUGCUGUGGAAUCCUUCUCUAUGGAGCUCCAGGUACAGGGAAGACACUUCUGAUCAGGGCUGUGGCCAAAGACAGCGGUAUGAACUUCAUCAGCAUCAAGGGACCUGAACUUCUGAGUAAAUACAUCGGAGCCAGUGAGCAAGGAGUUCGUGACGUCUUCCAAAGCCCUCCUUUUCACUGUCUCAGGGCUCAAGCUGCCAAACCUUGCAUCCUCUUCUUCGAUGAGUUUGACUCUCUGGCUCCGAGGAGAGGCCAUGACAGCACAGGGGUAACUGACCGUGUGGUCAACCAGCUGCUCACCGAGCUGGAUGGGGUGGAGGGGCUGCAGGGGGUAUACGUGCUUGCAGCCACCAGCCGUCCAGAUCUAAUAGACCCAGCCCUGCUGAGACCAGGACGACUGGACAAGUCCCUCUACUGUCCGCUUCCAGAUCAGGAGGCUCGUUUUGAGAUCCUGAAGGCUCUAAGUUCUGGACUCUCUCUGGCUCCAGAUGUUGACCUAGAACAGCUGGCCGCAGUAACGCAGCAGUUCACCGGGGCAGACUUGAAGGCUCUGCUCUACAAUGCACAGCUGGAGGCCGUCCACAGCUCAGGCGUUGGCACCCCGCAUGAGCUGACCUCCACCUCAGACAGCGACAUGAGCCUGUCUUCCAUGAUCUUCCCAAAUAACAGCAGCGGCUCAGACGUCUCUGUUGGAGAGGGAGACCAAAGCUUGGUGCUGGACCAGUCGUUGGUUCUUCUGGAGCCUGCCGAGCUUCGAGCGGAACACGAGGAACGCCACGGUAACGUUUGGAGGCUGUAUUUCGGAAGUUCUUUUGAGUCGGAGACUGAAAACUCACCAGUUUCAAGACGGGAUUCACCAUGUGUCUCUGGACCCAAUUCCAGAGAGCCAGUCAGCAGUUUCCCUCUAGCUUACAUGUCCUCCAUCCAGUCCGGAUACAAAGAGCUCGGCCCUGAGCAGCUGGAGCGCCUGCAGCAGGACAUUAAAAACAUCAAGAACAGCUACAGGAAAGGAAAUGAAGAAUUUGUCUGGACGCAUUCAGCCUCCAGCCAGCCGGGCCUCCUGCUGUCUCAGACGCACAUUAAGUCUGCUUUGGCUGUGACCAGACCCUCACUCAGCCCAGUCGACUGGAGCAAAUAUGCUCAACUGUAUCAAUAUUUUGGGGGUUCAGAUGACAAAUCGCUUCCUCACGUCAUGUUUACACCAGGACAACGUGUCACUUUAGCCUGACGGCACAUCAACAUUUGAUUCAUAGAUUAAAACAGUGAUUGUACAAUGUUUUUCUACUAAUGUGGUGAAAUAAAAGAUUAUGUAAUCAUUGCACAUAUGUAUAAAUUCAGAUCUUGUAUAAUUUUAAAAUGUAAUUAAAGAAAUGAAAAUA